GUGGUAGGCGCCAACUCUGGCCUGGGGCUUUGCAUAGUCCAACAAGCGCUCCGCCAGGGACAUACCGUCAUUGCCAUAGCCCGAUCUCUGGCCAAGUUUCCCGAGAGCCUUCGAGAUGCUCAGAACGCUCAUCUUUUUGAGCUCGAAGCCACUAGCUCGGCGUUCAUCAUAACGAAAUUCGUCGACGACCUCGUCUCCCGCUUCGGCCAUAUCGACGUUCUCGUUAACAAUGCAGGCUACGGCCUCUUCGGCGCGGUCGAAUCGUUAACCGAACAGGAAAUCCGAUGCCAAUUCGAAGUGAAUUUCUUCGGUGUGCUCAACCUUACCAAGGCAAUCCUGCCGCAUAUGCGCCAACGUUAUAGCGGUACUAUUUUACAGAUGUCGAGUUAUUCGGGCAUUUUCAAUAUUGAGGGAUCGCCUGUUUAUAUAGCGAGCAAACAUGCCUUGGAGGGACUGAGCGAGGGCCUCGCUCAGGAAGUCAAGAAGUUCGGGAUUAGGGUUCAUCUUAUCGAGCCGGGAUACUUCCGAACGGGGUUUGUGACUUCGGCCCUAGAGACGAGGAAGGAGGGGAGCUGGAUGACGGAGGACGGCCUGGUAAUCCUGUUAAAGCUGCUGAAAGGAUCUUCGAGCUAG